UUGUGUCAGCGCGUGGAGUUGACGCUGAGGACUGUGAGCGGAUUGAUCUGUUUUCAUAUGACCGGGAUUUACUCGCGCGCGCACACGCACACACACACUGACAUAGAGACAAAGAGAGAGAGACAGAGAGAGUGAGAGAGAGAGAGAGAGAGAGAGAGAGAGAGUGAAUGAAACAGUGUAAUCAGCGGCAGAAGAAGAGAGGAGUAUACAGAGCGCGCGCAGAGGAUUUUUUUUUAAUAAAAUUAUUAUUAUUUAGUUUUUUUUAAAUAUAUAUAUUAAAUGACAUGAAUAUUGUUUAAUUGCUGUGGGAUCACUAACACUUGAGGACUUUACAAACAUGCAGCUGUUGGGGAUUUCGCUGCUCCUGUUUUAUCUGCUCUACUGUAACCUGGCCAGCGACUUCAUCCACCACAGCGACUACUAUGACGACGAGGAGGAGGACGAUGACGAGGAGUACAGGCACGAGCAGACGCACGAGCCGGACUUCCCACCGAAGCCGGACAUGGAGGAGAAGCUGCGUUCGGCUUCCACCGUUGAUGAACUGAUGAGUCUCAUCUACCCGUCGUACUGGGCCGCUCUCAAGUGCAGAUCCAAGCUCUCUGCUGCCGGAGCCGCGUCCAGCUCCAGGCACCCGCAGCGCCCGCAGCGGCCACAGGCUCGCCACGCGAGGCCGCUGUCCUACACCGAAGAGCCCACGUUCGCCGCCGCCUUCCUCAACUUGGACAUUUUAAAAAGUAUAGAGUCAGAGUGGAGGAAGACUCACUGCAUGCCCAGGGAAGUGUGUGUCGACGUGGGCAGGGAGUUUGGCGCUCCCACCAACAUCUUCUAUAAACCGCCCUGUGUGUCCGUCCACAGAUGUGGAGGAUGCUGCCACUCGGAGGACAAACAGUGCAGGAACAUCUCCACUGGCUUCGUCAGCAAAACCCUGUUCGAGAUCACGGUGCCGCUCACACAGGGCACCCGGCCAGUGACCAUCAGUGUGGCCAACCACACGCAGUGCCGCUGCCUGUCCAAGCUCGACGUCUACAAGCAAGUCCACAGCAUCAUCAGGAGAGCACUGCCAGAGUGUCCAAUAACCAACAGGACGUGUCCUCCCGGUCAGGUUUGGAGCAGCAGACUGUGUUGGUGUGUUAGCAUAGCAGCCAACGUUCACCACAGCACGCCUCCACCACCGCUCCUGCCUCCGAGGUCGUCCAAACAGCAGCGUGACGUAUUCUCGGCAGACGUGUGCAGCGCAGAGAAGGAGCUGGACAUGGAGAGCUGCCAGUGCGUGUGUCGCCGCGGCGAUCCAACUCAGGACUGCGGCCCGAACCGACAUUUCGACCGCGCCACCUGCCAGUGCGCGUGUAACGUCCCGCCCACUCCGUCCUGCCCGCACAACCACGUCUUCAACAGGGACACCUGUCAGUGCACGUGCACAAAGACGUGUCCACGGCAUCAGCCCCUCAACAGGACAACGUGUUCCUGUGAAUGUAACGAGUCGCCCAACAAGUGCUUCUUAAAAGGACGGAGGUUCCAUCAAGCUACAUGCAGUUGUCUCAGGCCUCCCUGCGAGGUCAGGAGGCGAAGGUGUGAACCAGGAUUCUUCUUCAGCGAGGAGGUGUGUCGCUGCGUACCGUCUCACUGGAGACGACUGGACUAACGCACGGCGAGCUAAUGAGACGCUAAUUAGCAGAUAAGAAACUUCACGAGUUUCCCCGUCGGCUGUGACGAUGGCAGCUAAAGUGUGCGGACGCUGGUGAACUUGGGGGAAAUUUUCUGAGUGAUUUGAGGGCGUGGAAGAGAAAACUGCGGAGAUUUGAAGGCGGGAAAUGCACUGACAUUUUUAACGAGAGCGAGAGCGAGCGAGCGAUCCUGGAGGCCGGGAACUGAAGGAAAGACUGGAAAUACGUCAACACUCGACACUUGUUUUUAAAAUAUUGUCAAAAUAAUUAGUUUUUAAAAUAUUUUUGGAUUGUUGGUUUUUAUAUGAAUUAAUUAAUUAAUUAAUCAAUUAAUUAAUUAUUAUGUCUCUGUAUUCUUAUGUCAGAUAUGAAUUAUAUAAUUUAUUAAACAUUAUUUUUCAACCUCUGCAGUUUCCAUCUUUUGCAACAAAAAAAGUACACUGUGAUCAGUAUUUUUGUAUCAUGUAAAGUAUUAAAUAAAGUAUACUGGCUGUCGACUAUGACUAUA